GGAGAUAUCGAGCGUACCCUUCUCUCGGAGCAAAGCGUCGGGAUGCAGGCUAGCUCCGUUAACGGGGACGCUUUAAUUCACGCUUUUCCGCCCGUCGGAGGAGGUGACAUAAGAUACCGAGAGGAGGCGGAGGUCGGGGCCGAGCCGAGCUAACAGGAGCCGGUGUCUCUCUGUGCGGCGGGAAGCCCAGCUCCGCGGUCUGUUUGUUGUUUAGCUUUAGCCGCCUGAGCUAGCUCGCAGCCUCCGGCCGUUAACGGUUCACCGGGAGGAGACGGCGGUGGCGGCCCCCGCCCACAGACACGGCCCGGCCCCCCGUGAUGGACGGAGGAGCCCCGUUGUAGGAGCAGCAGGAUGCGCUAGCGGAUGUAAUAGGGCCUGAACACAGCACACCUCCUCCUCCUCCCCCCUGCCUCCUUCCUCCCUCCCUUCCUUCCUUGUCUCCUAGCUGUGUCCUCUCAUGAUCACCAUGGAGCCGGCCCCCCACCCGCUGCCUCACUUCCCAGAGAACUCCUAUAAGAUGACCGAAGAGGAUGUGAAGAGGCUGAUCGAGUUCAGGGCGUCCAACGAGGCUCUGUUCACAGGGAAGAGGAACUCUGCAAAGAUAGCCUGGAGCACCAUCCUGAAAGGCCUCGGUCUGGAAGGGAAGCUGACGGCAGACCAGAUCGCCAAGAAAUGGGACAACCUGCGGACAAAAUAUAAGGACCUGAAGCAGCCAUACCAGGGCCAGGACCACAUGGGGGGCGUUGUGGAGUCGUGGCCGUGGUUCCACAUCAUGGAUGAAGCCAUGCAGGGUCGCCUCUACAACAGCAACCUGGUGCUGAGCCCAGAGACUGCCGGCAACGCCGGUCACCGUGGCAACUGCCAGUCCAAUCAGAACCAGGAGAACACCGACAUCCUGGAGUUCCUCAUCAAGACGGAGAUGGAGGACACGGUGGCAGCUGAAACGGCGGCAGAUGAUGGAGUGGUUCACACGGAGGCUCCGCCCCCCGAGGGCAUCCCGAUGGGCUGGAGGAGGAUGACCGAGUGCUCGUAUAAAAUGAGCGAACAAGAAACCGAGAGGAUGAUCAAACUUCGAGCGGCCAACGAGGCGCUCUUCACCGGCAGGAAACAUUCGGCCAAGCCGGCCUGGAGAGCGAUUCUCUAUGAGCUGGGCCUUCAGGGCAAACUGACCACAGACCAGCUGGCCAAGAAGUGGGACAACCUGAAGAGGCGAUACAAGGAGCUGAAGUUUCCGGCUCGAGGCGUGGAGACCAACCCCAGCUCCUGGCCCUGGUUCUACAGAAUGAACGACGCCAUGGAGGGCCGGUUCGCUGGCGCUGCGCCCAUCCUCACUCCCAUCGUGGAGGAUGAAGACGAGGACUGCGAGUCGCUGUCCCCAACACCCAAGAAGCGAGCCCGCCGGAGCCGAGGUGGGAUGGCCGAGUUCUUGACGGAGUCUGAGAUGGACCUGCUGGUUGAUAACGAGGACAAGAACGGAUCGGCGGCUCUGGGCGAGCUGCACCGGAUGGGCGAGUUCACCUACAAACUGAGCGAAGACGACACGAGGCGACUGAUCGAGCUGCGAGCUGCUAACGAGUCUCUGUUCACCGGCAGGAGGAACACCGCCAAACCAGCGUGGAGGGGAAUAGUGAAGGAGAUGGGUCUGACAGGGAAGAUAACACCUGACCAGGUUGCCAAGAAGUGGGACAACCUGAAGACCAAAUUCAAGGACCUGAAGUUUCCUCCUCGGGGGAUGGAGGGUCAGACCAACCCGGCCUCGUGGCCCUGGUUCCAGCUGAUGAGCGACGCUCUGGAGGGCCGUCUGACGGGCAAAGCUCCCCGAGUGACGCCCGUCUGGACCAACGAGGAGGACGGCGUGUUCGGCUCGUCCCCGCCUCCCGACAGAGACUGUUUGAUGGCGGAGAGGAGCAGCGUGUCGGAGCUGGAGAGCAUGGUGGGCGGAGACAACGCGGAGUCCGACGGGAACGUCACCUACAUCGACGCCAGCGGAGAGGAGUGUUCGACGCCCUCCGAUCCGACUUACAAAAUGACCGACCAGGACACGAGGAGGAUGAUUAAACUUCGAGCCGCUAACGAGGCGUUGUUCACCGGGAGGAGGAACGCUGCCAAAGCCGCCUGGAAAGCCAUCCUGAAGGAGCUCGGGCUGCAGGGGAAGGUCUCCACCUACCAGAUGGCGAAGAAGUGGGACAAUCUGAAGAGGAGGUACAAGGACCUGAAGUAUCCUCCUGUCGGGAUGGAGACCGUGGCAGACGGCGCCUCCUCCUGGCCGUGGUUUCACCUUAUGAACGAAGCCAUGGAGGGCCGGCUGGCGAGCAGUGCCCCCCUCCUGACCCCCGUCACUCAGGACGACGAUCAGCACCCGGACCCCGCCCCCAGACACAGGCCCCGCGCCACCCCCGCACCUCCCCCUGCCCCACCGGCCUCCCACCCGUCUUCCUCAGACUACGCGCCGGAUGCAUUCGGAGACGGUGCGGAGCAGAACCAGCGGAGCUCAGAGACAUGCGACGGGCCGCUGGGGGGCCUGGAGAGGGAGUGGGAGAUGGUGGAGAGGGAGAGGGCGGCGCUGGAGCGAGAGAGGGAGAUGGUGGAGCGAGACAGAGCGGCGCUGGAGAGAGAGAGGGCGGCGGUGCAGGCGGAGAGGCUGUGGCUGGACCGGGAGCGGGCGGCAGUGGAGCGGGACAGAGCCAUGGUGGAGCAGGAGAGGGCGGCGCUGGGCCGGGACAGGGAGGUGCUGGACCAGAGGGCGCUGAUGCUGAACUCUGUGGGACACUCGGGGCACCUCAACGCCCUCAUGUAGACCGUCGGCACAGUGUGGGGGCGUGGACUAUCCCUGUACAGACCUCGUGGCAGGCUGGCAAACCGCCUGCUGUACCUCUGUGGGUCCAGACUCUGGAUCCACAGAAGGACUUCUGUGAAGGAC